AUGUCUGCCUUGCCGUCAAGGUCCCUCUCGUCCCACAUACGACAGCCCUCUCUCUCGGCCAACGCUGGGCAGUCUCCCGCUUUGGUUGCUAGGGUAAAUGAAAAGAAGGCUGAGCUUGAGAGUCUCAAGGAACUUCGUGACCUCAGCGCAGCAGUCGCCUCUCAAAUGGAGGCUCUUGAGCAGAAGCUAGCCACUCUUUCCGAAGGGACCGAAGCUAUCGCCCUUGUUUUGAGCAAUUGGCAUAAUGUGCUGAGAGCAAUCAACAUGGCGUCCGCGAAACUUCCUAAGCCCAACGUUGAGGGGCCCAUGGAGGAUGCAGAAGGAGUGCCGCUUCCUCAGACUCUCGUCCGGAUCCCAACUGAACACGCCCCGGCACUUCAAGCACAUGCAGAAGGGGCAGUCGAACAAGAGUCAGGAUGA